AUGGACAGCGAAAUUCCGCUCCCACCGCCCCCGCGCGUCCGCCAUCGCUCCCCAACCAAAACUCCCCGAGCUCCCUCGUCGCUGCGAAAGAACUACCGCCUCUCCCGCUUCGAUGACCGCUCCAGCCAACCCUCCAGCGACCCAGCGCUUUUCUCCAGCGAUGACGUCCCCGCCUCCGGCCUGGAGAACUACAACGCGCCCGUGUCGUCUGGCAACCGCAAACGCCGCUAUCGCGGCACCUGGUGGGGCGAGAUGGUCAAGGACCCGAAGCGCAAGAGGGCCGAUUUCAAAGACAAGCGUCUGGUCGAUAGUGGUGUGUGGAUGGGAAGUGAUGAGUCGGGCGCAGAUUCGCCGCUGCUUUCUUCCGAAGCGUCCAACUGGGGCGAGGAUCUCCUGGUGCCGGCGCAGCGGCCGAGUGCCCUGUCGGCGCGCGGGAGAAAUGUGGAAAACUCGUCGGAGAUGCCGGGCCAGCGGGAACCCUCUCAACGGGUAGGGUUCCGGAAGGUGGAGGAGCCUAGGGAAUAUGAGCUUGCUCGUGCGGUGGUGAAUGAGUGUCUGGAGCGAGGGGAGGAUAGUGUUGAUUUGAGGCCUCCUGAGACCGCUGCAGCAUCUCACGAAGCUGCCGGCCGUGAGGGAGCCUCCGGUGACGGAGGAUGUCUACAGCUCUCUGCAGCCGUUCCUGCGACUCUUUCUAGCUGGAAACUCGCUGACCACGAUCUCGGGCGAACUAUUCGAGUUGAAGUCUCUCAGAGUAUUGAGCUUGCGGAAUAA